AAAAAGGGGGCAUGGUAUCGACCCAACAGACACUCUACCUUCGUGACAACGCUCACGCUGGUGCUUUUAGCUUUUGUCACCGCCCUCUUGUUGGUAAUCGCUCCAGAUUGCUCACGAUCGAUCGCCCGUGCUUCUCAUUGCGUGCGUGCAGAGCACCUCAGAGUCAUUUUGAGCUGA